AUGGGCGGCUGCUGCAUUAACUGCGACCCCUUUAGAUGCUUCCGCAGAAAGGAGGAGCUAUAUAGCGAGGAAGAAGUUCAAAUCACCGUUUCGGAUGGUAGUACGAUAGUUGACUCAGCAGAUUCGUCAGACUCGUUGGCACCUCAGCUGCCUCCAAUCAACCGACUAAGCAGCCUUCACAUCCCAGGAGUGCAGCCUCCUAGCCCGGAUCCGCAGCACAACAUGUUGUUUUCCGAAGAACCAUCUCCAAGUUCCUUCGCAGAGAUGAUCUAUUAUCAUAAUGGUUCGGCUGGUCUGCCUCAAAGUGAUAUGGACGCUCUCGAUAGAUGUCAUGCUGCUGCAUUGGGCAGAGGGAGCGUUCAGGCUUGCCAGGAUCUCACACUUCGAAACCCACCAGUGACAAUGGGUCCUCGAAUAAUAGACAAAGCCCCCGGUAUCAGCUACGACCCGCUCACAGAAGCGAUGCAAGCAAUGGCAGAGGAGCUGAAGGAAGAACAAGAGUUGGAGAAAACCUUGGAGGACCCAGCCCGGUCUCAGGCCAAAAACGAGGACGGGUGUAAAAUUGCUCUUGCGCCAGACCCUGUCGCGGAGGCUCGAGCAAUAGCCUCAAGAAUUGUAGUGCCGGGUCCAGAAGAAACCGAAGAGAAAGACGGGAGCCAUGUGGCAUUCACAGUCGACAUAAAGCCACCGCCGCGCCCACUGCCGCUAAACUGGAAGCCCUCACAGGUAGUAGACCGCGUUUGCAAGGGAAUGGAUGCCAUGAUGGAAGUAAGAGCAGGAAUCAACAGGAUCUUGAGGGACAAGCCUGAUUACGUCGUGGGCUUGCCGUACACAAUCCAGCAUAAGAAAGAGCUGGAAAUGAGGGCUUUGGGAACUGUGAUCCGUUUCGCAAAUUGUAUCACUGAAGACAAGAGGCUCCAUGAUGAGAAAGAGCCUGUCCGUCUACUGGUCACUUGUUUCGAAAUCCUUGUGCAGUGCACCUCAGCUUCCUUGACUGCUACCCUGACGGCUGCUGAGGACUCAAAGAGUCCAGAGGAAGAUGAGGCCAUCCGCCUCCAUGUACAGCGAUGGUUAGUUCAAACUUUCUCCGAUAUCUGGGUUUUGGAGAAGGAAACGGCCAGGUAUUUGGCUAGGUUUGCUAUCGAUAUGGACUCUUGA